AUGCCGGAAGCCAAUCGCAGUUCCUCCCCUCCUGACACCUACGUCCUGGCUGGCAUUCCCGGGAUGGAGGCUUCCCACAUCUGGAUCUCCAUCCCCUUCUGCCUGAUGUACGCGGUGGCGCUCCUGGGGAACGGCUGCUUGCUGUUUGUCAUCUUGACCGAGCGCAGCCUCCACCAGCCCAUGCACCUCUUCCUUUCCAUGCUGGCCACGGCCGACUUGCUGCUCUCGACCACCACGGUGCCAAAGAUGCUGGCCAUAUUCUGGUUCCGGGCUGGGGAGAUCUCCUUCGAGGGGUGUCUGGCCCAGAUGUUCUUCAUCCACGUCAUCUUCAUCGCUGAGUCGGCCAUCCUAAUGGCCAUGGCCUUUGACCGGUACAUUGCCAUCUGUGACCCACUGCGCUACACCACUGUGCUCACCGGCUCCGUCAUUCGGAAAAUUGGGUUGGCGGCCAUCGCCAGGAGCUUCUGCAUCAUUUUCCCCGUCAUCUUCCUCGUCAAGCGGUUGACCUUUUGCCAGCGGAAUGUCCUCCCCCAUACCUACUGUGAGCACAUGGGCAUUGCCCGUUUGGCUUGCUCUGACAUCACCGUCAACAUCUGGUAUGGCUUCAUGGUGGCCCUUCUGGCCAUCGGCCUAGAUGCAUUGCUGAUCGCUACAUCCUAUGCAUUGAUCCUCAGAGCUGUCUUCCGGCUCCCUUCCAAGGAUGCGAGGCGCAAGGCGCUCGGCACCUGCGGGUCCCACCUCUGUGUCAUCCUGAUGUUCUACACCCCUGCAUUCUUCUCGUUCUUUGCCCACCGCUUUGGCCACAACAUCCCAGGUUACAUUCACAUCCUUCUGGCCAACUUGUACGUGCUUGUCCCACCCAUGCUGAAUCCCAUCGUUUAUGGGGUGAAAACCAAAGAGAUUCUGAGAACGGCGACCAGAAAGCUCCACCAACAUUUUAGCAAGUCACUCAUCUAA